CUCCGCCGCGGAGGGGGUGGCCUGGGCCAGUCCGGGGCCUGUCCCGAACUGGGCUGGCCCGGAGGGCAGCUGGGGACGGUUCCGGGGGGCGGGAGCGCAGGAGCCGCUGAGUCACACGAACGACCUUCGCCCCAAGCUCCGCUGGCUCCGGGCUCGCCCCCCGCACCGCCGGUGCCCCUCACUCCCGACCCGCAGCCACUGUCCCGAGCUCGGGGUCAAAUGCGGGGGGAUAUACGGGACGUUCCCAUCACCCGCCCGGUCCUAGCCACGUGCCCCCGUUGGCAGGGGGGAGGUUGCUGUCCCCCCCCAGCACUUCCCCUUUCGGGGCUGAUAAGAUGCUCCCGGCGGCGCCCGCGGUUCAGACGCCGGAUCGGGGCCCCCGCACCGAGCAGAUGGCCCUGACCCUGACUGUGACCCUGGCCGUGGCCCUGGCCGUGGCCCCCACCACAGGCGCACGCCCUGGGCUGCGCUUCCUGGCACUGGGGGACUGGGGGGGUGUCUCAAAUCCACCGUACCACACAGCACGGGAGGUGGCUACGGCUGCCGAGAUGGGGCGCACAGCUGCUGCACGGGGCACCGACUUCGUGCUGGCGCUGGGUGACAACUUUUACUACAGCGGCGUGCGCAGCGUCACCGACACCCGCUUCCAGGACACUUUUGAGUCCGUGUUCAAGGCUGAGUCCCUGCGCAAGGUGCCCUGGUAUGUGGUGGCUGGAAACCAUGACCACUCAGGCAAUGUCUCAGCCCAGAUCGCCUACAGCAAGGUCUCCAAACGCUGGAACUUCCCCAACUACUACUACAGCAAGCAAUUCCCAGUGCCGGGCUUCAACGCAACGCUGGGGCUGGUGCUGAUUGACACGGUGCUGCUGUGUGGCAACACGGACGACUUUGAGGGUGCGGAGCCAGAGGGGCCACAGGAUGCGGGGGCGGCGCGGAAGCAGCUGGGCUGGCUGCGGCGGGUGCUGGCCGCCUCCCGUGAUGACUACCUGCUGGUGGCUGGGCACUACCCUGUGUGGUCAGUGGCUGAGCAUGGCCCCACACGCUGCCUGCUCAAGCACCUGCAGCCGCUGCUGCUCAAGUACCAUGUCACCGGCUACCUCUGUGGCCAUGACCACAACCUGCAGCACCUGCAGGACAAGGCAGGUGUGGGCUACGUGCUGAGUGGUGCAGGGAACUUCAUGGAGCGGUCACGGAGCCAUGCCCGCCGCGUGCCCCCCGGCUACCUGCACUUCUUCUACGGUGAGCCCAGCUCCCUUGGUGGUUUUGCCUACCUGGAGGCCGACGGCAAGGAGCUGAGUGUCACCUACAUCGAGGCUGGUGGCAAGGUCCUCUACAAGACAGCCAUGCCCCGUCGCACCCACCCCUGAGCACCGCUCGGGGCAGCUGGCUUUGCCCCCCUUGAGCUGAACCAGGACAGCUGGCAGGGGGCAGGGUUCCCACUGCAGUCCCCGCUUGUGGUGGUGUACCAGUUCAUGACCCAGUCCUUGUUGUGCCCCCUCCCCCCCCCCCCAAACCCCCC